AUGUGUUAUGUUAAUGAAUGGCCAAAAAGGUUUCUGAAAACAUUUAUUCAGCAGUACAGUGAUUAUCAGGUUAAUCUGCUAAUUGACAAUGAAGCAGAGAAAGAUUACCUCUAUGAUGUGCUGCGGAUGUACCACGAAUCUAUGAAUCUCCCAGUGCUUGUGGGGGACCUCAAACUUGUCAUUAAUGAACCAAGCAGGUUGCCUCUAUUUGAUGCUAUCCGCCCACUUAUCCCGUUAAAACACCAGGUGGAAUAUGAUCAGCUUACACCCAAAAGAUCAAGGAAGCUGAAGGAGGUGAGAUUGGAUCGUUUGCAUCCUGAAGGACUUGGAAUAAGUGUGAGAGGUGGAGUGGAAUUUAGCUGUGGCCUCUUCAUCUCCCAGUUAGUUAAAGGAGGACAGGCAGACAAUGUUGGACUUCAGGUUGGUGAUGAGAUAGUCCAUAUAAACGGGUACUCGAUUUCAUCCUGCACACACGAGGAAGUCAUAAACCUGAUUCGUACAAAGAAGAUAGUGUCCAUAAAAGUAAGACAUGUUGGCAUGAUACCUGUCAAAAGUUCACCAAAUGAACCCCUCAAAUGGCAAUAUGUGGACCAGUUCGUGUCAGACUCUGGGGGCAGUGUUGCUGGCCUUGCUUCUUCUGGAGGGAGAGACAAUAAAGAGAAGAAAGUCUUCAUUAGCUUGAUUGGUACAAAAGGCAUGGGAUGCAGUAUUUCCAGUGGUCCAACACAAAAACCAGGCAUUUUUAUCAGCAACGUGAAGCCGGGUUCUCUUUCAGCAGAGGUGGGCUUAGAGGUUGGUGAUCAGAUUGUUGAGGUCAAUGGAGUGGAUUUUUCUAAUGUGGAUCAUAAAGAGGCUGUCAGAGUGCUUAAAAGUAGUCAUACUUUGACUAUCUCUGUGGUAGCAGGCGCAGGGAAGGAGCUGUUCAUGCCUGAAGAAGAAAGGCAGAGGGAGGCACGACUCCGUGAGCAGGAGCGUCAGGAGUUAUUGCAUCAGAAGCGACUUGCACUGGAGACUAACAAAAUCAUCAAAGAACAGCAAGAGAAAGAGAGAUUAAGAAAACUGGAGAUUUCCCAGAAGGCUGCAGAGGAAGAAGAAAGAUAUCGCAGAGAAAUAGAGCAGAUAACAGCAGAGGAAGAGAAAUUUAAAAAGGAGUGGGAAGAAGACUGGGGUCCUAAAGAACCUCCUAAAUCUCUAAAAACUGUAACGGCAGAAGUGCACUCUGCCCCUCGUUCCAAACACAAAACUUUUGGAUGGUUUUAUCGGUAUGAAGGAAAAUUUCCCACAAUCCGCAAGAAAGGGAAGGAGCGAAAGAAGUCAAAAAGUGACAGCCUGUGUGAACAGAAGAAGAACAAAAAGGAAAUGGAGUUUGAGCAAAAACUUGCCAAAGAGAAAGAAGGAAUGUUGGAGAAAGAAAAACAGCUGAAAAUAAAUCGUCUUGUGCAAGAGGUAUCUGAGACAGAACGAGAAGACCUGGAAGAAUCAGAAAAGGUGCAGCACUGGGUGGAAAGACUUUGUCAGACACGGUUAGAACAGAUUUCCUCUGUGGAGAAUGAAUCUCCUGAGCUGCCAAGUGGACGUCCUUCCGCUUCUCCUUCCGCCACGUCGAUGCGGCGGUUUGCCGGUGGCCUGCAGCUUCACACCACAGAUCUUGAUGAUAUAAACUUAGACGAAGUGGACAAGCCUAAAGAGCGUGUGGCACCACCUCCACCACCUACUGUUACUCCAGCAGCAGCAGGUCAUCCACUUCCUGUGGCAAAUAUUCCACUUCCAAGAGGUCCAGCCCUGGCAGUAAAACCAGCUUCCCAGCAACUUGCUCCAAGUCCACCUACCCAACGACAUCCAGGGGUACCAAUAGUCUCUAAACCAGUCAUGCUGCAUCCUGACCCAAACUUUAUGGUCAGGCCAACAAUCAAAUCAGAGGCCCUGCCACAAGAGAUGUUUAAAAGGAUGGUGGUUUACAAUUCAUCAUUUAGAUCUAACAAAAAACAAGUAAAACAACAUUUUCCAUGUUUUGUGUG